AUGGACCCCUCCUCCCCAUCCCUCAAAGACUCCGUCCGGGCCCCUUCUUCUUCCACCUCGACUUCGUCUAGUCCAGCUGCUGAUAAUCCAAUAAGGCUCGCUGCACUCAUACCCGACGACAGUUCCUCAAAUACGACUACUGCACCAAACGAGGCUAGUGCCGCCGCCGGUCAUGCCAGUCAUAAUAUCCUUACCCCACCCUCGUCUACAGGCACUACUAGAAAGGAGGAGGUUGAGGAGGCCAAUGCGCCACUCGUCGACUCAGCAUCCGCCUCGGGCUCAACUCACAUAGCCGACAACAACUCUGGACUAGCACCGCAACUACCGCCACCUGGGGCGGCUUCUUCUUCGCCGUCUUCCUCCUCGUCAGGGUCGUCCUCCUCAAAUCAAUUAACACACCAGGAACAGCAACAAGUUGAGCAGUACAAGGACGACAUUAUGCUUCACACCCAGCUCCAACUCCAACUAUACCUCGAGGACAUGGAAGAAGCCGAGAUAGCUGCCGAGAUUCAGGCCCAUAUCGACCAAGCUGAGUUUGCAGAGUCCCUCAUCAACUCUGCCAACGCCCUCGAUCCCCUCCAAGAUUCGCUCCUUCCUGGUGGUUAUCAUGGAUUUGCUGGGGGGAGCACUGGUCCAUUAAGCCCGGACGCGACACAGAUAUUUCAACAGCAGAUGAUGUCCCUCGAGUCGAAUGCUCUUGCUGCAGCGGCAGCUGCUGAUGCUACCACACCCUUUCAAUUAGGCGGCGGUGGUAUUGGUGCAGGAGGUGGUGGACUAGGAGGAGGUGGAAAUGCAAUAGGAGUAGGAGUAGGAGGGGGACAGGGUGAACAUGCGCAUGAUGGAUUGGAUUUGGACUGGGCAGACAUGGACGAGGACGACGAGGACUGCAUGCCACCGAGCGAGACAAAGUAUAUCCUCUACGACGACCAUGUCUCGCCCGUGAGCAUGACCCAAGCCCUGGCGCUGCUGAACGACCCCUUGCACGAGGACCUGGUCAUUCAUGUCCACAGCAAUAACAGCAACCACUAUACCCACGACGGUCAACGACAGUCGCUUUCGAUGCUUGGUCGAAAUGGAGAUGAUCCGGACACACCUAUUUAUAGCGCCUCUCCUUUCUAUGAUACGAGGAGAAUCAACCCUGUCGGUGUCGCUCCUUGGGGGAACGACCACGCAUACGAGGAGGAAAUUGACGACAACUACCAUCCCUGGGAGCAAGAGCAACACGAGGAAGUCUCUCGCAGGGGUUACACGCAUACCAUGGGCCUCCCUUCCCCUCCCACUGCAGCUGCAGCCUCCAAAUCUUCACAGGCAGGAUUCUUUGGGAUCGACGAUCAACACUUGCAUGACAAACAACAACGAUUUUAUGGCGACGAUAAUGACUGUGCAUCCUUAACAAACGAUAAUGAUUGUGACGAAGAAGGCAAUUAUGCGGAGGAGAACCAACAAGGGCGACCGAGUCAUCGCAGGGGACCAGAUAUCUAUCUCAACUUGGCAGGAACCAUCAUCUCACCCAUCAACAUCCACGACAUCUUCUUCAGCCAUUUCUAUUCACGACUCGUCUACCUCAACCUUUGGGACACCAACCUCGGGAUCUGGGGCGCACAGGCUGUAGGUGGACUGAUGGCAGAUAGCGUUUGUCGAAUCCAGUACUUGAACUUGGGCAGUAACCGGUUGGGGUUUGAGGGGAUCAUGCAGCUUGCAGGUAUAUACAAGAAUCAUUCGUUGAUCGAGUUGGACCUGAGCGAGAAUCAGCUCGGACCCAAAGCCAUCCACUCCCUCCAGCAGACGAUGGUGAGGUUGCAGAAGGACAAGGCGUGUAACAUCCGUCGACUCGACCUAUCCAACAACGACAUCAACGACGUAGGCUGCAUCUCCAUCGCCAAGAUUAUCCUCGGCACCAGCAUCGUCCAGCUCGAUCUGUCCUUUAACAAGAUCUCGGACUGGGGCGCGUCCACCAUCCUCGCCGCCUUUGAAUCCAACGAGCUGACACUCAAGGAAAUCAACAUGGAAGCCAACCCCCUGACAUUUGCCGGCGGUGUCGAUCUCUGCAAGAUCCUGGUCCUGUCCCAAUCGAGGAUCACACACCUGGACCUGCGCGGUGCCAAGGUCACAGAUGUCGGUGUCCCGUACCUGGCCGAGGCACUCAAGUCUCACCAUUGCCCUGUCGUCUCGCUCAACCUCUAUGACUGUCAGCUCACCGAUACGGGGGUCUUGAAGCUCGCCAUCAAGUUGAGUGUGAACCGGUCGCUGCGAGUUCUGGGCCUCGGACGGAAUUGUGUUGGUGAUAUGGGUAUCUUGGCGCUGAGUCAGGGUCUCUGUUUAAACAGCUACCUUGAAGAACUGGAUCUGUCGGAGAAUGAGGUCGAGUUUAGUAGGGCUGGGUUGGAGGCGAUGUUGGCGGCGAUGCGGACGAAUACGUCCUUGUUGCAUCUGACGUUGACGGUAGAGCAAGACCACCACCGUAUGGCCGGGAAUGAGGGGACAGGACUGUACAUGGAUAUGCCGUUCCACCAACAGCAGCAGCAGUACUACCAGAACGCUGCAACUGUUGCAGUCGAGACGCAGUAUUAUCCACAGGAAGAGCUACCCAGUAUCAAUGAACCUGUCGCCUCGACACAAGUUGGAGAAGUCUUGGCGCCUACUUAUGCUGCCUUGGCCUUACCGCUUCAAGUUCCUGCCAACGCUCCUACUGAUGCUCCAGUGCCGACCGCUGCCACCACGAUAUUUACGCCGCCACCUCCGCUGCUAGUCUUACCACUAGCACCAGCACCCGUCACCGCCGCCGCGCAUGAAGAGAGCCUUGCACGAGAACGGCACCAAACUGCGCGGGCCCAAAUGUCGCUCAAGACCUAUGUCCGUCACAACUACAAGCGUACAGGCAACAUGCGCACGCUGUGCUUUGAAAUCUUGGCCGUUGCACGAGUCCUGAUGUUCGCCAAGGAGGAUCCUAAACGACGUGUGCCGCCGGUGACGAUUUCAACACAGAAGGAGGCGGCGGAAGCAGGACUGACGAUUGCGGUGCGACCUACGACGAUGGAGUUGACACUUGGCUCUGGAGCAGGACACAGCAACCACAACACCCUUAUUUCUCCACUAGAUUCGACUUCAGAUACGACGACUUCUACGGCAUGUUUAAUAUCAUUGCAAACUGGACUACCCACCCCACCCCUCGCCACCGACUUUAAAUCCUCCGCCAUCCAAGGACCAGAAUCUUCCCAACACCCCGAACAACAAGAUCAACAACAGCAAACAAGAGGAGGAAGUCUGGCAGCGCUGCCGUGGGAACUGAAGGAGAUGAUCUUGCGAGGUCUGGAUCCGGAGGGCCUCUUGAGCGAGCGACAGUUCCAGGCGGUGAUGAAUUAUUCUGCGACGCAGUGGGAGACUGUUCGGCAGCCCUGGGAGCGGUGGGGGGAGAUCCGGGAGAAGAUUCUGGAGAAGACUAGUUGUUAUUAUUAUGACGCUUGA